CUCAAGAAGAAUGAUUAGUGCGACAGAGUGCAACGCUGACAGCGUGACGAAUGACACUGACCACACUGACAAGCAGCACAGCCGAUCGAAAUGGCGCCGGUGUUGUUGAUUCACGAGUCAGGUGAAGUUAAGUUAUGAUUCCGCGGAUUAAAAGAUACCAACUUAUCAAAACAAUACGCGCGGUCACCUUCAAUCGUAGCGGUGAUUCAUCUCAGACCACAAUGAACGUAGCUUAUCAAAAACGGCAUCUGCUGAUAAUUUGAGAUUGUCACACACCUGGAUUAACAACAUGUCUGGCGGAGCCAAGAAAAAGGGCCACAGAUCUGAGGGCUGGGAGGAAGCAGGGGUGGAAUUCUAUCAGGAGAGUUAUCCUACCAAUCCAAAUGAUUUUGAUGUGUUGCAACACAACCCUCAUCAUUUGACUACACUACUUCCAAGCAAACAAACUAGAGCAGUUGCUGCAACAAUGCGUUUGAGAAACAACACAACCGACACUCGAACAUUUCGUCGUCAGCCGACCAUGAGGAGAGAAUCCGCAACCAUCAGACGCCAGUCUGUAACAAAUGAUGUCCAACUCUCAAUGAUGCCAGACUUAUCAGAGUUCAGUGCAAAUGAGAAGACAACAUGGUUAGAAAUUCAGGAGAUCAAGGCAAUGCCAAUCCCUAUGUCUCAGAAGAAGGAAAUCAAGGCAAAACUACAGGUAGGUUCCUGCCUUAGAUUACAAGGCUAUGAACAGUUUAAAUGGAAGCGGCGGAAAUUCUGGGAGAAGACCAAAACGCGCAUGCAGGAUAUUUAUCAGAAAAUGGAACUGUGGCGCGGUACGCUCAAGACAAUCGAAGGUAAUUUCGGUACGGGCGUCGUCUCCUACUUCUUAUUCAUCAAAUGGUUGAUAUUCUUGAAUUUAUUCACAUUCACGUUGCUUUUUCUGGUAGUAAUUCUGCCUACGAUUUUGUUCGGAUAUGAAAAUCCCACGAAAUGCGCAACAGGCGAGCAACCAAAUUCGCCAGAAUGUUGUUCAGCGAGUUAUUUUAACACAACAAGCGAUACAAACAUCGUCCAGGACUUGUUUCAAGGCACCGGAGAAAUGGAAAAGACUCUGUUCUUCUAUGGGCAUUAUCCAAACGUCAUAUUCGAUUAUAUUAUACAGGAUAAUUUACUCUAUUACAACAUGCCGCUGGCGUAUGUAGCGGUAACAGUUGUCUGCUUCCUGCUGACGUUGUUUGCGAUUGUCCGAGCGGCGUCUGAAGGCUUCAAAGAGCGCUUGGUUGAAGGCGAAGGUCAGUUCUACAUGUAUUGUAACAUGAUCUUUGGAAGUUGGGACUUUUGCAUUGAGAAUCAAAAGUCCGCAGCGAAGAAACACGAGGCGAUCUUCAAAGAGAUCAAGAGUAGUCUAGAAAGUGAAAGAUUGGAGGAGGAGCGGAAGAGCCGGACGAGAGAUGAAAAGACUAAGAUUAUCAUAAUGCGCUGCUUGUUUCACAUGCUUGUGCUGACCAUACUUGCAGCUGCCUGCUUCCUGAUUUAUAUAGUCUUCGAGUACUCUACGAGUAACACUGAUAAAAUCAACCGAGACGAGUCAAAAACAAGUCUAUUCUUCGUUGACGACGAUGUCGUGCGGCUGUUGAAUGAAUUUCUUCCCAGUAUUGUCAUCGUCUUCCUCAACAUGGCCGUGCCACUGCUGUUCAACACCGUAGCGCAGUUCGAGAACUACAGUCCUGUAAUUCAGGUACGCUUAUCACUACUGCGCACAAUCGUCCUGCGACUUGCAUCUUUGGGUAUACUUUAUGUAUCCAUCUAUGUAAAAGUUAAUGGAACACGAAGCGAUGAUCAAUGCUCACUGCAUCAAAACAUGCCCUGUUGGGAGACGUUUGUUGGUCAACAAAUGUACAAACUUGCGCUCACCGAUUUUGCGAAUCACAUCGUGAUGACGUUCGUUGUGAAUUUCAUCCGGUCGAGAAUCGGUAAGUUUGAGAGCAAAUGCGCAAAGUUUGUCGGCGCGCAAUCAUUUGAACUGCCACGACAUGUGCUGGAUGUUAUCUACCUGCAGACUGUCUGCUGGUUUGGUUCAUUCUACGCACCUUUUCUGCCGUUGAUGGUCACCGUCAUCUUUAUUCUGAUGUUCCACAUCAAGAAGUUUGCGUGUUUGGUGAACUCACAACCCAGUUUGAUAUUGUAUCGCGUCUCGCGGUCGAAUUCAAUGUUUAUGCUGGUGUUGCUGCUGUCAUUCUUCUUCGCUUUCUUCCCGGUUGUAUUCUCGAUUGCGGAGUUUCAGCCGUCGAAGUCAUGCGGACCGUUCCGUGGAGUCAGCACGGCAUGGGAAAUUGUAACAGAUACUUUCCACACGUUACCAUCACCGGUACAGAGUAUUUUUAGUUUUUUGACAACUGCAGGUUUUGCGGUGCCUGUUUUAAUCUUGCUCUUGCUUUUAUUGUAUUACUACACGGCGGUUACAAUGGCAAACAGACAUAUGGUGGUCGUGCUCAAGAACCAACUCGUGCUAGAGGGGCACGAUAAACAAUUCCUCUUGGAAAAGCUUAGCUCUUUUAUCAAGCAGCAGCAGAAGCGCAUGAGGCAGAUCGAUACGGCCAAAGAUGGCGAUCGUAAUGUUGCUAGCAAUUAAGUCACUUAACUAUUUCUGUGGUUAUCAUUUAAUUUAAGUAAUUUAUGUUAAUCUUGCUGAAUUGUUUUAUGUAUACGACUAUGAUAUGCUAUAUGACGCAUCACGCAUUUACGAUUAUAAACCUGCCAUAUAACGAAAGUGUAGUAUCAACUCAAAUAUGCAAACAGAAAUAUUUUUUGAUCUCAUGAAAAGUACAGGAUACUCUAGCAAUACUAAUAUUGCUAUUCAUCAAACAAGUGGAUAUAAACUUUGAUUACAUUUGCUAAUAAGUGAGAUUUCACUCUCACAUCAGUCCAAAAAAAUAACUAUUUACUUUGAUUGAUAUGCAUUUUGCAAUCUCCUAAUUUAUUUAUAUAAAUUAUUGAUUCACCAAUGUGAUAAUGUUAAUUUUAAUUAAAUUAUUAAUCAGUUUGUAAAUCUGAUUGAGUUUGCCAAUUUUUAUGUGUAUUGAAUGUCAAACUUUAUAUUUAUCAAUAUCAACUCCACACACAGCAUUUUUUGUGCAUUUUAAUAAGGUAUUCAUACAAUGUAAUCUAGUCAUUAUCUAUAUUAAUGUAGUAGGCAUUAUUUAUGAUUGUAAUCACACUUUAAUUUAUUUUAUAAAAGUUAUAUUAUAAUCCUGAAAGCCAAAGUUUACAGUUUGUUAUUAGGCAUUUCAAUAAAUAAAUAAUCAUAGUGGGA